AUGGAUCCGUUACUGUAUCGGUCGAGACUCGUACCGGUGGAGGAAGCUCGAGAGACGGGUUGCUUUACAACCCUUCCGAUCCGAGUUCACUUGCGGGAUGACCUCGCUGAUGCCGCCAGCCGGCGCUUUGUCAGUGACUGGGCCAGGGAAAUGGGAGAUGGCCGAGAGAAGAAGACUUACUUCUCUUUCUCGCCUGUAGGCAACUGGUCUUCUCUAAUUUACCCCGAAGCCAUUCCCGAGCGUCUGGGAGUUUUGGCAUAUCUUUCGGAUCUGGGCUUGAUUCAUGACGACACUGGUGAGGGCCUCAGUAUCGAAGAAGCCCAAGCCGAGCACGAUGAGCUUUAUGCUGCCUUGGACCCAGACGACAAGAGCAGUCUGGAUCCUGACUCAAGGGCAAUGAAGACCAAGAAGCUCGUUUCACAGUGCAUACUCGAGUGUAUCAACCUCGACCAUGAGCUUGGGUUGAAUAUGCUCGCUGCCUUUCGUGAUGUCUGGCUCGCUAUCAGCGAGAAGAACAGCGACAAGGAGGCACAGACAUUAGAAGAAUAUCUGAAAUACCGCAGUGAGAACGGCGGCAUGCUAGUUUUCUGGCCAAUGCUGCAAUUCAGCUUGGGAAUAUCCCUCUCAGAAGCAGAGCACGAGCUCGUGCAGCCCAUCAUUGACGCGGCCACUGAAGGUCUUCUAUUGGCGAAUGACUACUUCAGCUGGGAGCGCGAACUGAGAGAAGUCCAGUCUGGUCAGUCCAAGAGGAUUGUGAGCGCCGUGGAGCUGUUUGCCCGAACAAUGGGACUUUCAGUGGAGGAUGCCAAGGAGGCGGUCAAAUCCAGGAUCAUCAAGUCAGAAAGUGAUUUCUGUCAACGCCGCGAUGAUCUCUACAAAGCUCGACCCAACAUAUCAUCAAAGUUGAAAAGAUGGAUUGAUUGUGCUGGCCUAGCGGUCUCAGGGAACCACUAUUGGUGCUCUGCUUGUCCGAGACAAAACGCGUGGAAGAACGAAACACUUUCAAAUGGCCAAAACGGCCACAAAGUUCACAAUGGAAACGGGUUCAAGACUACGCCCGUUACCAAUAAAACUACUGGCGAUCUUCAAAGCAGUGGUAUCAAGAUUCUCUCAAACGGUAACGUGGGCAACGCCAUCCUCAGCGGAAACGGUGCCAAAACUGUUGUCAAUGGCAACGGAGCCAAAAGAAAACUCUGCCAGUACGAAAUGGCAAGUCCAGAACAAGAGCCAUUAGUUCAGAAAAGGAGAAGCAAUGAGACAGAUGUUUUGUGUCAAAAACACGACAUUCAAACGGUCUCCCAGUACCCCCUUUACAAACCAUCCAACCUGGCCAUGGAUGCGCCGGCAGCCUACAUCUUAGGAAUGCCUUCCAAAGGUGUCCGUGACACCCUGGUUGAUGCUCUUAACACCUGGCUACACGUGCCUUCAGCAGCGGUCAAGACAAUCGCGUCAGUUAUAAACCUGUUGCACAAUGCAUCACUCAUUUUGGACGACCUGCAAGACAACUCUCCACUCAGGCGGGGGCUCCCAUCAGCCCAUGUCAUCUUCGGGCAAGCCCAGUCUAUCAAUAGCGCAAAUUUUAUGUUCGUUAGAGCAGUACAGGAAGUAGCUCAGAGUCUUAGCCCAGCUGCACUGACAGCAGUGCUUGAAGAGCUUGAAGGCCUCUAUCUCGGGCAAAGCUGGGACCUGUACUGGAAGUUCAACCUAGCAUGCCCUACCGAGGCCGAGUACGUCAACAUGAUUGACCACAAGACGGGCGGCAUGUUCAGGAUGCUGCUGCGGGUCAUGCAGGCCGAGAGCACCGCUACGGAGACACAACGCCUCGACUUCGAGCGGCUAACCCUGCUCUUCGGGCGCUUCUUCCAGAUCCGGGACGACUACAUGAACUUCGGAGACUACGCGGCCCAAAAGGGUCUCUGCGAGGACCUGGACGAGGGCAAGUUCUCGUACCCCAUCGUCUACUGCCUCGCCAACCACCCGGAGUAUCGCGGACAUAUCCUUGGCGUGUUCAGGCAGCGACCGACGGUGGCCACGACUACCGCUUCUCCGCUUUCCAAGGAGAGCAAGGCGCAUCUGGUGAGCUGCUUGCGCAAGUGUGGAGCGUUUGAGAAGACGCUCGAGUGCCUGCGGGACGUGGAGCGGGAGCUGGAGUCGGAGAUUGACCGACUGGAGCGUUUGACGGGAGAAGCUAACCCCAUGCUCCGCCUGUGCCUUGCAAAGCUAAGCACAAAGGGGAUUGCCACGUUGGGAUAG